AUGGCGAGAUGGCUUUUAGCUCUUGCAGAAUAUGACAUAACAUGUGUUACUCCCAAGGCUAUCAAGAGCCAAGCACUUGUAGACUUGCUAGCGCAAUUCCCAUCUGGUGAACACGAACCUGAAGAGGUACCCCUACCUGGUGAGGUCCAUGUCUCAGCAGCAACGGUUAAGACUUAUUGGGAUUUAAAAUUUGAUGGAGCCUCUAGAGCUGGGAAAGGUGGAGUUGGCAUAACAUUCAUUAGUCAAGAGGGAGAGAAGUUUUAUUUGUCAUACUUUGAAUGUUCAAACAACGAGGUUGAAUAUGAGGCAUUGAUACUGGGUCUAAUUACUGCUCAAAAGAAAAGCCUCCGCAAGUUGAAAAUUUGUGGUGACUCCAAGCUAGUUGUUAAGCAAACAAUGGGUGAUUUCGCCUUGAAUGAGCAUCUGCUGGCCCCAUACCGCACCACAGUUCAAAAGUUGCUCACUUAA